AUGAAUAGAUCAGUGGAAAUAAAUAUGGAUAACUCAUCGAUUGAAUUAAGUGAUUUACCUAAUGAGAUUCUUAUGAUUAUUUUGAAAAAAUUGUUCAAUGUCGAAGUAUUGUACUCUCUAAUAGGUGUUAACAAACGACUCCAUGCAAUUGUAUAUGAUCCAAUUUUUACAAAUUGUUUAACGUUGAUGAGAUGUGUCUCAGAUGAUUCCAUCGAUCCAUUGCCUGAUUCAAUACUUGAUCGACUUUGUUCACAAAUCUUACCUGAAAUUCAUCAUAAAAUCAAAUGUCUUAAUCUUGAAUCAUCAUCUAUGAAACGUAUUCUUCUUGCUACAAGUUAUCCGAAUCUAUGUGAACUUGGUUUAUAUGAUAGUGAGAUCGAAACAGUUCUGUCUCUCAUUACUGACGAAUCUUCCUUAACUUCUAUAGAUAAAAAUCAAAUCUUAACGCUUGUAAUCAAUCGUACUAAAUACGGAAAAGUAAGUGCUGCAGAUGAUAUGAAUCCACGAACAUUAGCACAUAUCUUUACGACGUUCUCCAAUUUACAAUAUUUAAAUUUUUAUCCAUCUACAAUUUGGAGUGAACGAUUAUCAUUUGCCAAUCCAUGUCCAAGUAUUAACUCUUCAACUCUGUUAGAAUUGCAUAUCCGUUUGAUGUCGUUCUCCGGCUGUCUUUAUAUACUUGAUGGACGUUUCAAUAAUCUUCACACACUUCAUGUUGAUAUUCAGUUCGUUUACGCUUCGGAUUUACGAAACAAUAAUCAGGAAAAAUUACCUAUACCUAAUAUAAGAUGUUUUUCACUAUACUGUUCAGAGAUGACAAAUGCUUAUGAUGAAUUAACUGUACCACAUCUACAACGAAUGUCAAAUUUAGAAAAACUCAGUUUGAAUCUUAUUAUUUCUGUCAAAAAUACAUUUGUUGAUGGAAAUGAAUUGAAGCAAAAUAUUAUUAAUUAUAUGCCACGAUUAAAGCGAUUUCAAUUUUAUAUUUGCUCAGACCGUUAUUAUCCUAAUCAAAUUUCUCUACAAUCAAAAGAAGAUAUUCAACAUUCAUUCAAAGAUUUUAAAGACGAUCAAAUUAUUUCUUAUAUUGAUUAUUUCCAAGAAGGACAACACAGUCUAUGCCAUAUCUAUUUGUAUUCUUACAAAUUAAAAUAUUACCAUACUAUAACAAAUAAUUUUCCAGGUGGAUUAUUUAAAUAUGUUCAUGAACUAUUAUUAUAUGAUGAACGUCCUUUUGAACGUGAAUUUUUUCUUCGAAUUGCUCAAUCAUUUCCAUUUAUUAACAUACUGACAAUAAAAAAUUCGAAAGCACAAAAUAACAAAUUAUGCAGAGAAUCAAAGAAUGGCAAUCAAGAUUUGUCGAUCAUUAAAUAUCCUCAUCUCACAUCUCUAAGUCUUAAUGAAGCUCAUGAUGAUUAUAUUGAAGAGUUUCUAGUCGAAACGAGAACAUGUUUACCGAAUAAUUAUGUUCAUCUUAACAUUUUUUUUCGCCAACUGAAAAGGAUGACACAUAAUUUUACAAGAGAUGCGACACGAAUCAAUUGUGCAAAACUGGUUUCUAUAUGUGCAAAUGCUUGUCGACUUCCUCAAUACACAAGAGCAUAUUUUCCACAUGUUCGUAGAUUUUAA